UCCAAAUGACAGCUAGCUCCAUGCUCGAGCGCGAGCUAGACUGCCACUACCACAGAAAGCCUUCUUUUAACCAACAACAUCGCGUUUUAUUUGUGCCGUUAUAGCCUACUUUCUACUUAUUGACCACCAACAUGUCCACACCUAAGAAGGGAGACUUGUCUCCAAGCGAGAAGGAGUUGUUUGAGGUCAUCACUGCAGGAAAUGUUCAAGAGGCCUCGAGGCUGCUGGGCUGUAAGGAUGUUCGAGUCAACUGCUUGGAUGAGUACGGGAUGACCCCUCUCAUGCACGCUGCUUACAAAGGGAAAGCCGACAUGUGCAAGUUGCUGCUGCAACACGGAGCGGACGUGAACUGCAACGAACACGAGCACGGAUACACAGCGCUGAUGUUUGCUGGCCUGUCAGGUAAGACCGACAUCACGUGGAUGAUGCUGGACGCCGGGGCGGAAACAGACGUGGUCAACUCAGUAGGAAGGACCGCCGCACAGAUGGCAGCCUUUGUCGGACAACACGACUGUGUCACGGUGAUCAACAACUUCUUCUCCCGGGCCAGACUGGACUACUACACCAAGCCUCAGGGUUUGGAGAAGGAACCCAAGCUGCCAUCCAAACUGGCCGGACCCCUCCACAAGGUCAUCAUGAGCACCAACCUGAACCCCGUCAAGAUGGUGAUGCUGGUGAAGGAGAACCCUCUGGUGGCCGAGGUGGAGGCUCUGGAGAAAUGCCGCCGGGUGAUGGAGCUCAUCUGUGAGAAGUGCAUCAAGCAGCAGGACAUGAACGAGGUGCUGGCCAUGAAGAUGCACUACAUCAGCUGCGUGCUGGGAAAGUGUGCGUCCUUCCUCAAGGACCGCGAGGACAAGCUGGACGGCCUCAUCAAGAGCUUGCUGAAGGGUCGGGACAGAGACGGCUUCCCCGUGUACCAGGAGAAGUUCCUCAGAGAGUGCAUCCGCAAGUUCCCGUACUGUGACGCCACUCUGCUGCAGCAGCUGGUGCGGAGCAUCGCCCCCGUGGAGAUCGGUAACGACCCCACAGCUCUGUCGGUGCUGACUCAGGCCAUCACCGGUCAGGUCGGCUUCAUGGAUGCAGAGUUUUGUACCUCGUGUGGCGAGAAGGGCGCCGAGAAGAGAUGCUCCGUCUGCAAGAUGGUGAUCUACUGCGGCCAGGCCUGUCAGAAGAUGCACUGGUUCACCCACAAGAAAGUUUGCAAGACGCUCCAAGAGCAGAGAGAGGAGCAGGAGGCCGAGUCAGCCACGCUGAGGCUGCAGCAGAGCAAAGGGGAGAGUGAAGCUGUGCAGGAGGCCUCAGACUCCAUGCACGAGCUCUCGAUGGAGCCCGACAGUGAGGCCCCCCCCUCAGAAACCUCAAACCCUUCUCCAAUCCCGGCUGCUGACAACUGAGCGGGCCUGAAUCCAGCCGAACGGCACAGAGAGAGAGAGAGAGAGAGAGAGAGAGAGAGAGAGAGAGCUGACUGGCACUGAGACUGAAAGCCAGACGGAGACGGACCAGCCGUAGACGAGAACCCAUAUUUAUUAUCCACCUGAGACUGUCUCAAAGGUCCGAGGCCACGGCGGUCAUCUCUUUAUUUUAUAUGUUAUAUGUGAAUGUGAAGAAUUGACGUGUUUGUGGUAGAGGUCUCUGGGGGGG